AUUGAAAAAUUGAUCUGAACAAAAUCCUGGAAAUUAUAUCUUCAUUACAUUUACACCCAGAAAUUCUACAAACUGAAGAGAGAGACAGAAACCGAUUCUUCCAACAUAAAUCCCAAACUUUAGAAUUCUGUAAUUUUGCGUCACUUUCCCACAAUUCACUGCAUCAAGAUUCAAAUUUCACUCCAAACUUCAUUCGAUUGCAGAAAUCGGUUCAAAGAUCGAUUUUCACUUCCUUAAUUAAGCCGCAUUUCUUGAAGAUUUUUACGAGAUGGGAAAAAAGAUGCAUCGAAAAAGGACGGUUGAAAAAGACAUCAAUUCUGCGGAAAAGAUGAAAAUGCACAAGAUUCUUACAGGUUAUCAUGUUGAUCUUACAAGUUUGAUACGUAAAGGACUUAAUGAUACUAGAUGGAUGAUGAAAACCAAAUUAACUGAAAAAUCGAUGAGAGAAUUUCAAUUCCUGUUAUAUGCUUCUGAUAAUCAUGUGUUGUUGGGUUUCACUGUUGCAUUGGGGUGGCUGAUUUGGGUUCAAAUCUUGAAAUCCAAGCGCAAGUUUCUGAAGAAGAAAAGGUCUCAUAAGCUUAAACAACGACAACAAUGGAGUUUUAAAAAGAAAAAGAGACAAGGGAAAUUGAGGAAAUUGAAGAGGUUCAAGAUUGAGAAGAAGAAAGGAAAUGCAGUAAUAAAUGUGGUCAAGACUACUGUGAUAUUAAGGUUUCAAAUGAGGUUGAAGUUGAGGAUAAAGAUGGCCCUGGCCCGAACCGUCCCGACACAAAAAGCCCGGCCCGAAACGUCACGAACACGAAGUAGUGGUGAAGACUGCUGUUAUAAGGUUUCAAAUCAGGUUGAAGUUGAGGAUAGGGUCAAUAAUAAAGAUAGGGGUGGGCCGGGCCGGGCCGGACCGAGGCCCGACCCCCCACAAAAAGCCCGGCACGAAACGGCACGAACACGGAGUCGUGGUGAUGACUACUGUGAUAAGGUUUCAAAUCAGGUUGAAGUUGAGGGUAGGGUCAAUAAUAAAGAUAGGGGUGGGCCGGACCGGGUCGGACCGAUGCCCGACCCGCCAAGAAAAGCCUGGACUGAAACGGCACGAACACGAAGUCGUGGUGAAGACUACUGUGAUAAGGUUUCAAAUCAGGAUAGGGUCAAUAAUAAAGAUGGGUGUGGGUCAGGCCGGGCCGGGCCGACCCGGAAAGAGAAUGGGUUGGGGAGUCUGAUGGAUAGGCUGGCAAUGGCGAUGGAGUACUUGUCAUGUAGAAGUGUUUGGAUAACAUGCAAUUUGGAUUUUUGGGGGAUAUGUUUUGUUCAUAAAGUGAUUGGUUUUUGGGGAAGUAUUGCAUUUAAGGAGUAUGUUAUGAUUGAUGAUUCUUUGAUUUCAUUUGCGAAGAAGUUUGGAUUGUAUGUGGUUUCAAUUGAGAAUUUUGAGAGAAUGGAACGUUGUUAUGGGUGCUCUCCUAGUAGUUUUCGUAUGUAGUUCAUGUGGAUGCUUGGGUUGUUCGAAUUGGUCACAAAACUUGCAAAAUGUCGUGGGAAAUAAAUAGACUAGAGUAUCAACAUAAGCCCGGCCCAACAUUUGACCGGGUCUAAAAAGGUGUUCAUGUGGAUGCUUGGGUUGUUCGAAUUGGUCUCAAAACUUGCAAAAUGUCGUGGAAAAUAAAUAGACCUGAUCAACACGAGCCGGCCCGACCGCCCCGAUUUUGCGGGUUUGGGCAGUAAUCUGACCCGUUUUCAGACCCGGCCCGAAAAGCCUGGUAUUUUAACCCUGAAAAGGCGAGUUUGGGCACAAUUUUUUGGGCCCGGCCCGACACAAAGGGCUGAAUUAUGUAACGGCCCUGCCCGAACUGGGCCCGACAUUCGACCAGGUCUAAAAAUAAACAGUCAGUGUUCUGAGAAAGUUGAAUGUCUGUUAUUUGAGUUUGGCAUAAGCUUAAUUUAGUUUUGAUUCUAAUGACUUAAUUAUGUAAAAGGUGUUUAUUUGUACUGCUUUGGUUCCAUCACUGAGAUUCUUC